AUGGAAAAACUGAAACAUUUCUGGCAUCGCCAUCCAUUGGGCCUCAAGGAACUACAAAAGGAUGAAGGCGGCCACAAAUUAGUUAUCUGCGGAUUCUGCGCGAAACAGAUCUUAGGCCCUGCAUAUAGUUGUUCCGAAUGUGAUUUUUUUCUGCACAAAAGAUGUGCGGCACUCCGUCCACAAGUUACAGACCCCAUACACCAACACCCUAUGCACGUAUCCUGGCCAUUCGCAUGUGAUUUUUGUUUAGAUGAUAGGGAAGGACACUGCUACCGUUGUUUUUCUUGCGAAUUUAAUAUUUGCAUAUCAUGUUUACUGGAAGACCGCAGAAUGAUUACACAUAAAAUUCACGAGCACCCAUUAGCAUUCCUACUAAGGUCAACCUCUUUCUUUUGCAAUCUUUGUCGCAUGGAACACAAAGAUUCAUCAUAUGUAUGUGUUACUUGUCAGUUUUGGAUUCACAAGAGAUGUGCUUUGUUACCUACCACCAUCAGCCGUACGGAUCACCAUCACCCUCUCAUUCUCGAGAAGUUGGAUAAGUUCACCCAAUUCGAUACAGACUGUUAUAUAUGUGAUGAGCGUAUUAAUCGAUUUUAUUGGGCUUAUUACUGUUUCCGAUGCAGAUGUUCUAUUCAUGUGAAGUGCUCAUCAACUUCAUCUUCAACACCUUUGAGGGAUCUAGAAAGUGAGAUUAUGGAUCAGAAAGACCACGAUCUUGAUGUACUACACUUGCCGAUGAACUGUUUUGUUGAACAUCUCCUCCUUGAAAAAAUUGAGGACGAACCAAUGAUCAGCCAUCGGAGCCAUGAGCAUCAGCUAACACUUUUCAAAGUGCAAAAUGACAAUGAGACAAACAAUGAUAACACAAUAUUAUGUGAUAGCUGUGUACAACCGAUUUCACAUCCAUUUUAUCGUUGUACACAAUGCGUUUAUUUUCUCCACUUAACCAACACCCGAUUCAGCUCUCAAACUGUAGUGAAUUCUAUCUGCCCACCGAUUGCGAAGCUUGCGAGUCAUACAACAACGGUUUCUUCUACAAGUGUGACACGUGUAAAUACUUCGCCAUUGAUGUUAAAUGUGCUCUCCUGCCCACCUCUAUUGUACAUGAAGCUCACAAGCACUCCCUAUGUCAGAUUGACAAUACAAGGGAUGAGUAUGGAUCUUGCAGGGCAUGUGGACUCUAUUUUCAUAAUCACGGGUUCGGAUGUAAGGAUUGCAAUUUCCGUCUAUGCGGUAAUUGUGUUCUACUCCCUAAAACCGUCGAGCAUAGAUGGGAUAGACAUUCCCUCAUCCUUACCUAUCCUCCUAUCUUUGAUCAUCCCCAAGAUUUCUAUUGUGAAAUUUGCGAGGAAGAAAUAA